AUGUCGGAAGAGGCGCCUCGUAAGCGAUCACGCUUCGAUCAGACGCAACCAGAGCCGCGCAAAGCGUCUCGCUUUGACAGACGGUCCAGAUCUCCUUCCUCCCGCCAGCCCGAGUCACGCAGAAGUCGCAGUCCACUCGGCAGAGAUAGUAGAAGCCCUACAGCUAGUGAGAGGCGCAGCACUCCUGUUCACCCGGCCGCCGCUGCCGCUGCGGCGGCCGCCAAAAUCAAUGCCGAGCUACAAGCUCGCAAGGGUAUUCAACAUGUCGAUGUCCCUCCUGUCCGCUCGUCGUCCACAGCCACGCCUCCCCCCAACUCCGCUACCCCUUCUUCCACCCAAGCCACCGCGAAGCUCGAUGGAGAUAUCUACGUUGCCGAUGGUGACUACAUCAAGGAUAUCGAAGUCAACGACCUGCGGAACCGUUACACGUUGACGAAAGGGUCGACGCAAAAAAUGAUCAAAGAAGAGACCGGUGCCGACGUCACCACUCGCGGCUCAUAUUAUCCCGACAAGACCAUGGCUACCGCGACGAACCCUCCGUUGUAUCUUCAUGUAACCAGCACAUCCAAGGCCGGCCUCGAGAAAGCUAUUGCGAAGAUUGAGGAGCUCAUGCAACAGGAAUUGCCUAAUCUGGUCGACGAGCGACGCUUCCGACGGCGAGAGCCGGAGCAAUUUGAGCGAGACGAGUUCGGUAGAAGAAAAUGGCCUGAGGAACGGAUUCCCAUCGACAUGGAAAACAUCCCAGGCUUCAACCUACGUGCUCAGGUAGUCGGUCAAGGUGGCGCAUAUGUGAAGCACAUUCAGCAAGAAACCGGAUGCAGGGUUCAGAUCAAAGGCCGUGGAUCGGGUUUUAUGGAACAUAGCACGGGCCAGGAGUCGGACGAGCCCAUGUACCUUCAUGUUGCAGGGCCUCAACCUCCUAUGGUUCAGAAAGCCAAGGAGCUGUGUGAAGAUUUGCUUGCUAACGUUCGCAUCAACUUCGAGCACUUCAAAGCAAACCCGCCGCCGACGAGAAUGGAAACAUACACCGACGGCUACGGAGCUGAUGCCAACCGCGGGUCCUACGGCGGCUACGGGAGAGAUCGCCAUCGCGAGAACAGCUAUUCGCAUCAGAGCAACAGUUACAAUUCUCCUUAUGCUGCAACUCCCACCACUCCUGCUCCCGGAGCUGCCUCCCCGACAGACCUUGCGGCGCAACAAGCUCAAUACGCACAAUACUAUGCGAGCCAGCCAGGAGGCGAUCCCUAUGCUGCUUAUGGCGGCUAUCAGAACUACGUUGCUUACUACAACUACUACCAGCAACAGGCCGCCGCUCAACAGCAGUCUCCUCCUCCACCGCCAGGCAGUGAUGCAAAUCCACCUCCGCCUCCGCCAGCAGAAAGUAGCGGUGCACCACCACCGCCUCCGCCCUCUGGUGGCUACGCAUCAGUGCCGCCCCCUCCAGGUUUAUGA